AUGCUAACGACGCUCUGCGACGGCAGCAGGAGCAGCUCGCUGCCCCCGGGUUCUGGAGAUGAGCCCAGCGACAGCGUGGAGGAAGCCCUCGGGAUUUUCUGUGGGCUCCUGGGCUCCUGUGCACAGCACGUCUUGUCUCCAAGGUGCCGAUUGGCGUGCAUCGGGAUGAUGGAGCUACUCGUUCCCUUCUCGUCACAGGAUACGAUUCUGGAGCAGAUCGUUCCUUACAGUCAUGUACUCAUGACGGACCCGGUAGCCAAGGUCCGCGCCAAGGCCCUGCAGGUGCUUGGGUGUGCUUUGACAGCGGUGGUGCUGGCGAGUCUUGCUGCUGAGAAGAGUUACGUAGGGGCUGAGGGUCUUAUGGCCAAACGUCGCGGGCGAGCUGUGCACAUGGGGCAACUCGACGUCAUGGUUCCGACAGUUUUCAGCUCAUAA